AUGUCUUCCAGAACGACACUAGGAAAGCUUAACGAUCUAAAGAAGUCAAUUGAUGACGUGAAGUCUGACUUAAGAAGGACUGCAAAUGACCAACAUAUCGAAAUCUUAAACUCUGUUAAGAAGGCACGGAAUGAAAACACACUAUUUCACACACAAUCAGCGCAACAGGCUAUUGCGGAUCACUCCUUAGUCUAUCAAGGACUAGGGGAUCUCCGGGACUCGAUGAAAAACAUUACUACGGGCCUUCAGCACAUCCAGGUUCGGCAGUCAGAGACACUGGAAUCUCUUGCUCAUGUUAAAGUAGAGAACUCGACCUUUUUUGCUACGGUAACCCAACAAAUUCCCUUAGCUAGCGAUUCCAGUACCCUAGUCCACGCGCUUCGGCCCCUAUUAGAGCAGUAUAAAGACGAAAUUCUCGCAGGAGUCAAGAAGGAAUACCGAUCCGCGGCCCGGACAGAGUUCGAUAAUAUCAUUCAAAACACACCUGCUGCACUCAACGAGAUGCAACACCGCAGCGGGACAGCACAACAUGAUUCUGAAAGGGUGGUGGUCGGGAGUAAAGAGACGACCGAAAUGGAUUCGUAUACUUCUGAAUCGCAUACAACCCCCUUCGAGGAUCCGAAACCGUUGCUCCCUAAGAGGCAGGCUCUUGGCCGGCCGGAUAAGAACAGUAUAACGAUGCUCUACUACAACUGGCGGGAAUGGCAAACUAGACUAGGAACUUUGGUAUUUAUCAUCCGAGACAGAGUCCAUUUUAACGAAUACGGGCGCCCAAUAAAGAUGUACGAGCUUACAGUACACUUUACACCGUCGCCAAGUUGGCUGUCUACGGGCUUCUCAAUGACGUACGAGAACAAAACCGAUGCGAGAGGAGGCCCGGAGUUCGGUCUUAGUUUCAAGACGUAUCGCGUUCUUCCAGACGACCAUGAAGUGAUUCGUGCUAUAGAGAAUGGUGAUGUCUGUACUGUCCGGAAUAUGUUGUCGCAAAAGCUUGUUUCACCUUCAGACAGGAAUUUGGAUGGAUGGCCAUUGCUCAUGUAUGCUGUGGUGUCUGGUGAAUUGGAUAUUUGUCUAUUAGAAUUCGCGAUAUAUUCCAUGGUGAUCCCCGGCGUUUUUGAUCCACCUAAACGAUUCAAGAAUGUUCUUGAAGACUGGGUGUCAGUCUGUCAAUUCAUGGAUGUUGAUUUCAACGUCUCUAACCUGACUUUCCUAGAGCUUGUCGUAGAACGAUUUUGGGACAAACCAUCGGAUCCUAGCGAAACUGUGGAGGAUUUGAUACUGAAAUUCAACUCGGUUGUCCAGCAACGAAUUGGUCUCGCGGAUUCGGCAGAUCCUAUGGAUUCAUUAUCUAUAGGAAAUUCGUCCAUAUCGUGCGAGCCUUCGCCUAUUUUAUCGGUCCCUUACCGUCGUUAUUUUCUACACCCUAGUGUGGCCCUCGGCAUUAAAUUCCUUGCCUACGUCAUGUUAAAGAAAAUUGCCGAAUGCCCUGACUGUAUUUUCGACAAGUAUGAGGACAUUACGAUAUCGGACUGGUUCUACGACAAAGAUUGUUUGCAAGACAUAUGGGAAGAUAUACUAGAAGACCGCGGAUUUGAUGUUGAUUGGGUCUACGAAGAAAAUGGGAGACGGAAGCGCGUGGUUUUAGGAGAAAGCUCGACUCACGAUAUCAACAUUGGACCGGAUACUUCGAGAAUAUUGGAUGUGAGGCGCCGACAAGGCUACGAGAACUCUGAUGAGUAA